AUGCUGGACUCGUUCGAGAUCGUCACCACGUCCGGCGUCGUCCUGUGGUCGCGCACAUACGUCCCCGUCGGCGCAAACAUAAUCAACAGCUUGAUCCGCGAAGUCUUCAUCGAGGAGCGCACCCUGCCCCAGCCCGACGACGGCAGCUCCAAGCCCACGUACAAAAAGGAGGGCUACACGGUCAAGUGGACACAGGCAAAAGACCUGGGCCUCAUCUUCGUCGCCGUCUACCAGAGCCUCGUCCACCUGACAUGGAUCGACAAGCUGCUCGACAAUGUGCGCGCUCUCUUCGUCGGCCUCUACGGCGAGCAGCUGAAGACGGAGCUCAGCAGCGUCGUCAACUGCGACAAGUUCGGCGCCUACUUUGACAGGCAGAUGCAGGAGCUCGAGGGCCAGAGCGACUCCAGCGCACCCGGCAUCAAGGUCACCACCCCAAGCUCCAGCAUCGACGGCGACAGCGCAGAGGAGACCGCCCCAGCACCCGCCCUGCACAAAACACCACAGCGGCCCCUCUUCGACACCAGCGCCGACUCGACACCCGUGCAGACCCCAGACACCUCGCGACCGAGCACGCCAGCGACUCACAUCCUAGCCGGCAAGGCGAGACCAGCCGGCGCAAAGCUGUCGCGGAGAGACAGGAAGAAGGCCUCUGGCAGCCCUGCGCCCGCUUCCUCGGGCGACGAGGCCUCUACAAAGCGCAAGGGAAAGAGCACAAAGAAGAACAGGACCUGGGGCGAGCUAGGCGCAGAAGAGGACGACGGCGACAUCGUGCUCGACUACUCGCAGUCGGACCUCCGCCACGGGGCGCCCGAGACAGAGCAGCUCGAGGAGAUUCACCAAGACACAUGGGGACGCAAGACGACCAAGGGCGAGUUCGUGCUCAAGGACCUCGACGAGGAGAUGGACGCCAUCAUCCAGGAGCAGAAUGCGAAAAGGGACAAAGCAGCCACGCCUGCAGCCGGCGGUAUCGUGGGCUCCAGUCUCGGCGCGAUAGGAGGCUACUUCAGGAACGUGGUGGGCGGAAAGACACUCACAAAGGAAGACCUCGCCAAGUCGCUCAAGGGCAUGGAAGAGCACCUCCUCCGCAAAAACGUCGCACGAGAAGCCGCUGUCCGCCUGUGUGAAUCCGUCGAGCGCGAUCUCGUCGGCAUGAAAACCCCCAGCUUCACCACCAUCGAAUCCACGCUCCGAACCUCGAUGGAGAAAGCCCUGACCCGCAUCCUCACACCCACCUCCUCGCUCGACCUCCUCCGCGAAAUAUCCGCCACAAACUCCAGCCGCACGCGCCCCUACGUCCUCUCCAUAGUCGGCGUCAACGGCGUGGGCAAGAGCACCAACCUCUCCAAAAUCGCCUUCUUCCUACUGCAAAACCACCACCGCGUGCUCAUUGCCGCCGCCGACACGUUCCGCUCCGGCGCCGUCGAGCAACUGCGCGUGCACGUGCGAAACCUGCAGGAGCUCAGCAAGCGCGAAGGCGGGUCCGUCGACCUGUUCGAAAAGGGCUACGGCAAAGACGCGGCCAACAUUGCCGCCGACGCCGUCGUCUACGCCGAGAAGCACGACUUCAACGUGGUCCUCAUCGACACAGCGGGCCGCCGCCACAACGACGCGCGCCUCAUGUCGUCGCUCGAGAAAUUCGGCAACCUCGCCAACCCAGACAAGAUCCUCAUGGUCGGCGAAGCCCUCGUCGGCACCGACUCGGUCGCCCAGGCCCGCAACUUCAACGCCUCGUUUGGCGCCGGCAGGAAGCUCGACGGCUUCAUCAUCUCCAAGACAGACACCGUCGGCGACAUGGUCGGCACCCUCGUCUCCAUGGUCCAUGCCACGGGCAUUCCCGUUGUGUUCUUGGGUACGGGCCAGCACUACAGCGACCUGAGGAAUUUGAACGUCGGCGUUAUUACCAGGCUGCUCAUGUCGUAG